GAGAGGAUCAGAGGCUCGUGAGCUCCCGAUAAGACUUUUCAAAACUUCAAUAUUUUGCCUAUAACUUGUGCUGCCACUCUGCACAAAAUAGGUGACUGACUAACGGAAAGUAUGCCAAAUAAAAAAGAUAAAACAGAGAACGUCGAUAAGAGACCUCUGAAGUCUAAUUUGCAACUACGAAGUCAGGUCAGUCCCGAGGCUAACCCUGAAGCCAAUGACGGAAAUAUGGCUGAAGCUAAUCCAAGCUUUCCCAUCGACUAUGAUAUUUUAACUGCAAAAAUAACAGAUGUGGUUGGUGCGAUUGUAGAAGGGAAGAUGGAUGUCAUUAACAACAAACUCGACGUUGUCCAGGCAACCCUUGAUGGCAAUACAAGACGCCUUGACGAAGCCGAGACACGCAUAUCGAAGGUAGAGGAUAUAAUCGCCGACAUGGAAACCAGGUUAACACGUGUAGAAAGUAAGAUAUGCACGUUCACGAACCGGCUAGAUGACCAAGAAGCUCGGAGUAGAAGAGAUAAUCUCCGCAUAUUUGGUGUCAAGGAAGGCGUGGAAGGGGCGAAUGCUAUUGCAUAUUUUGAAAAGUGGCUUCCCUCUCUUCUUAAUAUGAAGACGAAGAACGGGAGGAUCCGACUGGACCGCUGCCACAGAAGCUUAGGGGAACCAAUAUCAGGCUCACCAAGAGCGGUUAUAAUGAAACUCCAUUACCCGACCGAUAAAAGGGAAGUGUUAGCCUUAAGUGGCAAGAACAAACAGAUUUUCUUUGAUGGAGCACUGAUAACCAUUCGUCAGGAUGUACCACAGAAUGUGCGACAGCAGAGGAGAAACUUCAACGAGGCCUGCCAGUUGCUGAUUACCAAAGGAAUACGAUUUAGGAUGCUGUUUCCUGCAACCCUGCGUUUCACAUAUGAAAACAGAAGAUUUUCCUUUGACUCGGCAGAAGAGGCAUUGAAAGUGGUAUCAGCAAUUGGAGCAUUACCACCAGGAUAUACAGCAAUGACAUCGGAUGUCGUUCGGACUGAGAAGUGCAGUCGGAUGGCAACAAAGAGAGGGAAGGUAGUCAGAACUGAGGGGAUCAAACUACCAGAAGGCAACAUUGCAGACACAGAGGACAGCUACAAGUACCUGGGGAUCCCACAGGCAAAUGGGAAGUGUAAGUGAAUGUUUAUGUUUUGUUUAUUUGUUAUGGUGGCACAGGUAUUCAGAUUUUACUGCACCUCAGGUGAUUGCAUGGGGAUACGGUCACAUGUUAUUUACCUGACACUAGAGUACUCAACAGGGAGGUAGGGUAAGUGGAUUUUUUUGCAAACUUUUCUGUUGACUGUCAUUUUAGCACAUCAUUUCACUUCACCUUUCAGUCCUACUCUCAAACAAUUUAAGUUAAUACAUGCGCUAUUUGUUUUGAUUAAUAAGCUAGCCAAAAGAGUAGAUAGAAGCCACUGACAUCAAGACAAGGAAGCUCCUGACCGUGCAUGGAGGGUUUCACCCCAAGUGCAGCACCCUGAGGCUGUAUGCUAAGCGGAAGAAAGGAGGCGGGGAACUAGUGAGUAUCAGUACCACAAUCCAGGAUGAGACAACUAACAUCCACAAAUACAUCAGGAAGAUGGCCCCAACUGACAGCGUGCUCAGUGAAUACCUCAGGCAGCAGAAAACCAAGAAAGAGGAGGAACCAUCAUGGAAG